GUGGUGAAAGUGAUAAAAUACACAGUCAAUUAAUUAUAGUCUCCUGGCCUAUAGUCAGUUUUGUGUGCUAGCGCUAGUUCUAGAGUAUUGAGAGAUGCGACUCAACGAGAAGAAUGUGGCAAGCUUUGCCGUGUGUUCGUCACCUGUCGACAAAGAGGGCUAUCUCCAAAAGAAGGGUGAUCUCAGACAAGACAUACAGAGACGUUGGUUUGUGCUGAAAGGCAACCUACUGUUUUACUUCCAGAAGAAACAAGACAAGGAGCCUCUUGGUGUUAUUGUCCUAGAAGCCUGCUCAGUACAAGUUUCCUCUCACGGCCGAUAUUCAUUUGAAAUCUCUUUCGAUGGUAUAGGCACACGAACGUACAUAUUGUAUGCUGACAAUGACGAGGAAAUGCAGUCAUGGAUCAAAGCCAUCUCUCACGCUAGUUACGAGUACCUUCGGAGCAUUGUGACAGAGCUGCAACGUCGAGUGACUGUCCUAACCUCGAGUAGCAAGCAAGAGAGUGCCUCGGAUAUGAGCCUGCUUCACGUUGGUCCUCCCAAAGGCACAGCUCGUCUACCGACGCGCUCCAAAUCAGAGAAGGUCCCCUCCCACUCCUCGGACGGGGGAAAUCCCCUGGCCGCCGCACGCAGCCCUCCUAAAGUACGAGUGAAGAAAGGGAUAUUGGUGGACGUAGACUCAGAUGAAGAAGCUCCUCCUGUUCCCCCCAAGGUCACUAAAAAGAGUAUGACAAUACACUCUCCUUCACGCCCGUCACACCAGCCACCACCCUCUGUGGAUCACACGGACAGCAUAGACUUUGUACAAAGUCAUAAGCCACCUCAUUCGAGUCCUUUGGUACCUCAAGCUCCACUGAGUAACCCCAGCCGCCCCCUAUCCCCCCCUAGCACUCUGGAUCGUACCCCCGUCCUACAACCCUCCCCUAACCGGGAAGAGUCUCCACACAGACCCCCCAAGCCCCAACCAUACUCUGCCACCCACAAUGGAGAGGGGAGACAAGUGGUCGCUCCACUCGAUAGCCAGAAGAGUAUCUACAAAAUGCACGAGGAAUUCACACAAGCCAUGAAAGCCCUCAAAGAUGAUCGAAAGUCCUAAUAUAGACUGUAUAUAUAAUGUUAGCACUGUGUGUUUAAUAGUUGAUUGCAUGUGCUGAUGUUUUUAAUUGUUGUUUUUAAUUCCAUAGUAUGCAAUGUUGUUGCAGUACACAUUUAUAUUGGCAAAGAAAAUUAAUAUUGCCUG